AUGGGGCUCUGUACCCACGCCUGUGCCCACACCUGUCUCUUCUGGAUGCCCCAGCAUUCUCUGCCCCUCUUUGUGCAUGACCCUUCCCACCCGGUGCUGUCCAUCUUCCACUGGAUGGUGGGCUUCCACGGGGUGGGGAGUGUGAAUAAACCUCAGACCGGGGAGGUCUCUGACUUGAAUCAGCAGGUGUGGAUCCUGCAGGAUCAGACCAUUGUGACAGUUCCACGGACUGACAGUGUGACUCCAGUCACUGUCACUGUUGUCCCAUGCAAGUAUCCAGAGUAUCUUGAGCAAGGCAGAGGGAUUCCCAUUUAUAUGGGAAUAGAGAAUCCAGAAAUGUGUCUGUCUUGUGAGGACAUAGGAGGGCAGCCCACAUUGCAACUGAAGGAGGAGGAGAUACUGGAUCUGUACAACGAAGUCGCGCCCGUGGAGCCCUUCCUCUUCUACCACUCAAAAGAUGGCAGGACCUCCACCUUCGAGUCCGUGGCGUUCCCUGGCUGGUUCAUCGCCUCCUCUGAGAUCCGCCAUCCCCUCUUCCUCACUUCAGACCUGGGGGGAAAGAACAAUGUUAACUUCAAUUUAAGUAUCAAUGCUUGA